GAGAGAGAGCUGGUGACUCCGAGGCAGAGAGAGAGAGAGCUGGUGACUCCGAGACAGAGCACAACUGCCAGACUGAGUAAGGAUGUUGGGCCUCCUCCUGUGUGUGAGUUCCCUCCUCCUCCCCCUCCUCUCCCCCUCCCUCGCCCAGGGAUCAGGGCCGAGGGUGCGCCUGGCAGGUGAGAGGCGGGGCCCCAACGAGGGUCGAGUAGAGGUGUUCUAUAACGGGGCGUGGGGGACGGUGUGUGAUGACGAGGUGGAUAUUAACCUGGCCAACGUGGUGUGUCGAGAGCUGGGCUUCUCACGCAGUCUCACCUGGGCUCACAGCUCUAAGUUUGGGGAAGGACAAGGUCUGAUCUGGUUGGAUAACGUGCACUGCAUGGGGACGGAGCUCUCCCUGUCUGACUGUCACUCCAACGGCUGGGGGAUAAAUGACUGCACCCACUCUGAGGACCUGGGGAUCGUCUGUAGCACCCAGAGGAGGGUCCACUACUCCCCUAACCAGGUAGAGGGCUCCCCCACAUCCCUGGCCGUCCCAGUGGCCUCGGCCCGACCACAGAGGAUCCCCAACCUCUCCACACCGCCACGUCUAUCCACAGUCCAAGACAGGGUGGCCCCUCCUCCCCCUGCUCACAUCACAUCCCCCGGGAGAAGGGGUCAUGAGAUUGCCCUCCACCGCAACACCCCCAGAGGUCAGGGUCAAAGUUCACGGCAACAGCGUCGGGGUCAUGAUAUCCACUUGCGUACCCGGAACGGCCAGAGUCAGGCGGGAGGGGAGGCCAGGACGAGACAGGAGAACCCGGCCGUGCCUCAGGGGCAUCAGAUCCCCCCCCGGCUGGGGAAUGGUGCAGCCUACAGGCAGGCCCAGGAUGUGGGGCGGACCGGACCACAGGCGACCAGAUGGGAGGCAGAGAUCCCCAGGCAGCCCAGUGGGAACCAUGUUGAACCAGAGGCAGAAAUCCCCAACGUUGACAUCACAGACGGACAGGCGGCCAGUAGGGUGAGGCUGGAGGAGGUACGUCUCCGGCCUGUUCUGACAGGCGUCCGCACCGGCUUGCUGUCAGAGGGCGUUUUGGAAGUGAAGCAUGCUGGGAGGUGGCGUCAUGUGUGCGACCAGGGCUGGGACCUCAGCGGCAGCCGUGUGGUGUGUGGCAUGCUGGGAUACCCCUCCGCCGAGGCAUACGACCACACCGUCUACAGGAAACUAUGGGACGCCAAGCUGGCAGAUCCCUCUACAAGACUAGCAGGUCUGUCCAGUAAGAAGGGUUACUGGGUAGAGCAGGUCAAGUGUUUGGGUACGGAGCCUGUCCUCUCCCAGUGCCACUCCCAGCUCUCCCUCCCCAGGAACCAGGUCACCUGUCAGGGAGGCAUGUACGCCGUGGUGCGCUGUGUACCUGGACACCAGUUCACACGCCUCUCCUCGGGGAGACCGCCCGCUCCCCCCGACGUCCAGCUGGGGGUGCGUCUGAAAGCAGGCCCCAGGCUGGGGGAGGGCAGGGUGGAGGUGCUGAGAGAGGGGAAGUGGGGGACCGUGUCGGACCACCUGUGGGACCUGAAGGCAGCCAGCGUGGUCUGCAGGGAGCUGGGGUUCGGAUCGGCCAAGGAGGCCCUCAACAAGGCCCAGCUGGGACAGGGUACUGGACCUAUUCAUAUGAACUCAGUUCAGUGUACAGGCAGAGAGAAGUCUCUGCUGCAGUGUUCUUUCAGGGAGGUUCCUCUCUAUAGUGUAAAACACACUAAUGACGUGGCUGUGCGCUGCAACGUCCCCAACACUGGGCUGGAGACCACGGUGCGGUUGGCGGGGGGCAGGGAGCCUGCAGAGGGGCGUGUAGAGGUGCUGAUGGAGGUGGGAGGGGUACAGCGCUGGGGGGCCGUCUGCAGUGAGAACUGGGGCAUCAACGAGGCCAUGGUGGUGUGCAGACAGCUGGGCUACGGCUUUGCAAACAGAGCCCACCAGGAGACGUGGUACUGGCCCGGCGCUCCGGAGGCAGCAGAGGUGGUUCUGACUGGAACCCACUGCAUCGGCACAGAGAUGUCCAUACAGCAGUGUCGUAGGAACACACAGGUCUACUGUCCCAGGGGAGGAGAUGGCAAGGCGGCUGGGGUCACCUGUGUUGAGACGGCCCCUGACCUGGUAUUAGAUGCCCAGUUGGUCCAGGAGACAGCCUACCUGGAGGACCGCCCCUUGCACCUCCUGACCUGUGCCAAUGAGGAGAACUGUCUGUCGUCCUCUGCUGCCCGGAUGAGCUGGCCUUACGGACACAGACGCCUGCUACGAUUCUCCUCACGCAUCAUGAACAUGGGCCGGGCCGACUUCAGACCUAGAGCGACCAGGGAGUCCUGGACCUGGCACCAGUGUCACAGGCACUACCACAGCAUUGAGGUGUUCACCCAUUAUGACCUUCUGACCCUGAAUGGAACUAAGAUCGCUGAGGGUCACAAAGCCAGCUUCUGUCUGGAGGACACCUACUGCCCCGAAGGUAUCCAGAAGCGCUACGCAUGCUACAACAUGGGAGAGCAGGGUAUCCAGGUAGGUUGCUGGGAUACGUAUCGCCAUGACAUCGACUGUCAGUGGAUCGACAUCACAGACAUCAGCCCCGGGGAGUACAUCUUUCAGGUUGAAGUGAACCCCUCGUUGGACAUGGCUGAGUCAGACUUUCAGAACAACGUGAUGCGUUGCCGCUGCAAGUACGAUGGAGGACGUGUCUUCAUGUUCGGCUGCCACGCUGGUGAUGCAUACAGUCCAGAGGUGGAGGAUCUGUUUGAGCACCAGCGUCAGAUCACCAACAACUUCCUCUAACCAACGGAACAACAGAAGAACCAAUGGGAGAUCUCCAUCCAACAGAACAACGAAUGAGAGACUUCAGAACAACCAGUCAACCAAUGGGAGUUCUCAGGGCCGAGCUUUGGAACCACAGCUCAUCUCAACUUACCCAAUCAGUGGAGAGGAGCCGGAGGAGAACCAGGAAGCAGGGGUUGGAAUGGACUGUGGGGGGGAGGGGGGAGGAAUGAAGAGGGGAGGGAAGGGGGGAAUUGUCAAAGAAAGAAUCACCUGAACAUCAAGCAAUUAUCGCACCUUCCCCAUCACUAACCAUAUCUCUGAGAGAGAGAGAGAGAGAGAGAGAGAGAGAGAGAGAGAGAGAGAGAGAGAGAGAGAGAGAGAGAGAGAG